GUUUUGCGGCGAAGCUAGGCAGCAAAGGAAGCGAAUGCCAAGACGAUUAUCAAAGCAGCCUACGGGUCACUUAUUAUGGGCGUAUGCGAGCUUUGCUACCUACAAAUGUUGUCAUUCCUUAAUCUUGCCGACAUUCCUUAUGCAGCGUAGAAUUCGAUGGUCAAUUUCCGGCUUACAUUUUCACAUUUUUGGACAAGAGGGUAGACGCAUUCAAGUGUAUGACACAACAGUUUGCCGCUCAACAAAAAGUACCUUAGCUGUAUUCCAACUACUCCUACGGACACUGCUGCCAAUCAUGCUACCAGUACUGCUAUCAUUACUGCGACUGCUUUCUAUUUCUAAUUCAUUCUCCUCAGAAUAUACUUAGGAAAGUACAGAACGGGAAUAAUAAUGAAGUAGGAGUGGUAACAAUAACAAUAACAGGAAUGGUAGAAAUAGACAGAACUCGGGGAAUUUAGAGACAUCCCAUUUUGUCACCCACUUGACAUUGCAGCAGUUUACCCAGAUCUUGUUCAUUUCUGAAUGCUUGUCCUACGUCGCUUCCGUCUGGGUGAUGGCUCGGCUAAGUCGGUUGGGAUAGAGUGAGACAUGGUUUCACCUCAUGGGUAGAAGAUCUGCCUUUCACGGGCCGAGCACUGGGCGCUGAGACCUUGGAAUCGUGGCGCAAUCAACACGGCCAGGAGUGGAUUUGUAAACGUUUUUGUCAUUCCUAGAAAGAAGCUAGCGGCGCC